AUGUGUAAAAGAUAUAGCUCAAAGAACAUAGAAGUUAUAAGUCCCCCUCUUCCAGAAAAUAGAGUAAAGGAUGCUGCGGUGUUUCUGAUAACUGGCGUUGAUAUGGCUGGACCUUUAUUCCUUAAAGACAAGAAGAGCUGGGUUCUAAUUUUUACUUGUGAAGUAGGAAGAUGCACAACAAUAUACUGCGAUAAUGGUUCCAAUUUUGUUGGAGCAGCCAACUAUUUAAAACAACUGGAUUGGAACCGUAUCCAAAAUUAUGGAGCAAUAAACUCUAUUGACUGUAAGUUUAAUCCUCCAACUGCUGCCUGGUGGGGCGGAGGGUGGGAGAGAUUAAUUAGAAUUUUAAAAGAUCUUUUGAAGAAAGUAUUAGGACAGGCACGUCUCAAUUAUGAGGAGAUGAUAACGGUUUUGGCAGACUGCGAGCGUGUAAUCAACUCAAGACCUCUAACUUACAUUUGCGAAGAGGAAGCUAUAAAACCAAUUUCUCCAUCGAUGUUCAUACAAGAUGUGCAUGAAUGCAAUCUUCCUGAUAUAGAUGCUGUAGAGCAAAAUUCUGUGAGCAAUAGAUUCAAAUAG